UAAUAUAAUAGGACUUUGGGACAGUAUUCAAUUAGACGCAAGUGAUCAAGAAUAUGCUUCAAACAUUUUAACUGUCUAGAUAUUAAACGCCAAAUUUAGAAAUGUUUUCAGUGUUUUUCUUGUGUUUUGUUGUCUCUGUGGACAUAACCUUAGCUGGUGUUGAAAUUCUUAAGAACCCUGAUAUGGAAAUUGUUAAUUUCGACAAUAACUGGUCAUGCCAAGGAGGUUGUACUUUGACGUCAAGCAAAUAUCACUACAGCGGAUGGCACAGUGUUAUGGUUUCAAACAGAAGACAUAAUUCUAAUGGGUUGGCACAAAAUGUCGUUGUUACCCCUGGCUCUUCGUACAAUUUCACAGUGUAUAUCCGUCUUCUUAACUUGGAGCAUGGUUCAAUGUAUCAAACUGCGGAAGCGGUGUUGUCAUGUUCGGUGAAUCACGGACAUAAAAUAUAUAUGAAAUUUGGACACGACCCUUACGUCAGAGAGAAUACGUGGACACUGAUUGGAGGUAUACAUAAAAUCCCGCCAGCGGCACAUUCAUGUCAUGUAUAUAUACAAGUGUUCGGUGUGACUGUGAACUACCUGGUAGAUCAUACCAGUCUGCAGGUCGUGGAGGAAAAUGCCAACUGGAGGACAGAAGCUAAUGCGAGAAUUGAUCAGAUUAGAAAAUCUGACAUUUCUGUAACGUUGUCGUCUGCAUCACAAAAUGAAAAAUAUCAAGUAGAGCUUAUUCAAAACACUCACGAGUUUGCCUUCGGAAGUGCGAUCGGGGCGAAGCAAAUUGUUGAUCCGAACUAUCGCAAAUAUGCGCAAGCUUUCUAUGAUAAUUUCGAAUGGGCAGUUCUGGAAAAUGCGUUAAAAUGGAAGCAAAUGGAACAUACAAAGGGCCACAUAAAUUAUGACACGGCAAUGAAUGCACUGCAUGCCCUUAAUGGAAACGGAACAAAGGUGCGUGGCCACAAUAUAUUUUGGGGUGUAGCUAGGCACAUUCAGAAUUGGGUAACCUCGUUGAGCCGACAAGAGUUGCUGAAUGAAAUUGAUGUGAGAACCAAGGGAGUUGUUGGACAUACCAUCGGCCUUGUAGAACAUUGGGAUGUCAACAACGAGAACAUACACGGUGACUGGUACGAGAAGGCCACCGGAAACCCGAAUGUAACGAUGCAAAUGUUCCGUGAUGCGCACGCAGUCGAUCCCAAUGUGAAACUCUUUUUGAAUGACUUUGGUGUAAUGGAGAAGUAUGCCGCAGUGCCUCUACGCCAUCAAGCAGAACGCUUCAAACAAGCUGGAGUCCCAAUCUACGGUAUAGGAGUACAGAGUCAUAUAAAAGAUACAAACCUUGACAUUGGUCAAUUGAAGGGAAGUCUCGAUAUGGUCGCUGCAGCUGGCCUUCCUAUCUGGAUCACAGAGCUUAGUCUAGCUUCUCAUGAUGUACACUCCCGAGCAUCUGCCCUGACAGACAUAUUAACGUUAUACUUCAGCCAUCCGGCGAUAGAGGGCGUACUUUUCUGGGGAUUCUGGGACGGGAAAAUAUUUUCACCGGAAGUGGCACUGUUUGAAGGACCGGAUGUUACUCCAAAUGAAGCCGGUAGGGCUUAUCAGACCCUUUUCAAGACAACAUGGCGCACCCACGUGACCAGAGAUGUAAACGGGGAUGGUACAUUCACUGUCAGGGGCUUCAAAGGAGAGUACACGGUAAAAGUCAGUCACAAUGGGAGAGAACUCAAACGAGAAACUUUCAAGUUGGGAUCAGCCAAGCAAACCAUCAAUAUCAACGUUGGUGCAGCGUCGAGUAUAAUAGUUGGGUAGACAACAUGUUGUUCAACAUGCAUUAUUUAAAAGCAAAGAAAAACAGUCCAAACAUCAUAAAAUGCCUUUAAAUUCUUCUCAAAUCAGAAAACUGCAAAUGCUUGGUAAAAUACACAUUCAUUUCAUAAUAAAUUAAAUAAAUAAAAUUCUGAA